CUCGUCCUUCCAUCAUAUUUUUUCUCUCUCUCUUCUCUGCUGUCCUCUACCUUCAUAACUCUUCUCUCCCAAUUUAUCCGGUUCCUCUAUAUGUCGUCCUAUCCGAGGGUUUCAAACUAGGUGUCCGUCUAAUCUUGAAACCCUAACUGUUCCCCAUCUUGGCACCGCCGUGGUCGCCCUCCGAUUACAGACCCCCGCCACUCGGUCUUGCUCCCCCCCGCAUUCAGCCUUCCCAUUCGCAAUCAUGACCAGCAUGGUCGGAGGACAGAGCGACGACGUCCACCAGCCCGCCGUUCAACAAGCCUCAGUCACAAUGGACGAGUACAAACUUCCGGAAUUGCGCCUGAAGCGCAAGAUGGAUGAUCCGAGCAAGGAGCCGCUCAUCCUCGUGGCCUGCGGGUCCUUCUCUCCCAUCACCUAUCUCCACUUGCGCAUGUUCGAGAUGGCUGGCGACUACGUUAAAUUUAGCACCAAUUUUGAGAUGGUGGGGGGUUAUCUCUCGCCGGUAUCGGAUGCCUAUCGCAAGGCGGGCUUGGCCAGUGCGGAGCACCGGGUGGCUAUGUGUCAACUCGCAGUGGACCAGACGUCCGAUUGGUUGAUGGUCGAUACUUGGGAACCGAUGCAGAAGGAAUACCAGCCCACGGCGCUCGUGCUGGACCACUUCGACCAUGAGAUCAACGUCGUGCGGCAGGGUAUCGACGUCGGAGACGGCACUCGGAAGCCGGUGCGGAUUGCCCUGCUGGCCGGGGCAGAUCUGAUCCACACCAUGUCAACACCGGGUGUGUGGAGCGAGAAGGAUCUCGAUCACAUCUUGGGCAAAUAUGGGUCUUUCAUUGUUGAACGGAGCGGAACCGAUAUCGACGAGGCGCUGGCUGCGUUGCAGCCGUGGAAGGACAAUAUCUACGUGAUCCAGCAGCUCAUUCAAAACGACGUCAGCAGCACGAAGAUCCGGCUGUUCCUCCGGCGUGAGAUGAGCGUUCGCUAUCUGAUUCCCGUGCCAGUCAUCCACUACAUCGAGCAGCACCACCUGUACGAAGACGACGGAGCGGCCUCGACCACCGACAAAGGCAAAGGAAAGCAGGAAUCCAACCAGUCUGGUUGAUGCCGUUCGCCGUCGGCAUUCCGGUCCUUUAAUUCCCAAUCGAGUCAAGCCGAUCCGAUAGUUGCGUGGGGAGAGCGCGUGGUCCGAGGGGAGAACGCACCCAGUCCCUACAUUCGUUUUCCAGGGCAACCCAUCUUACCGGUCCUCGAAUCUACGCAAAAAUAGAGUCUCCAUCCACCGGAUCCUCACGCAGCGAAGCCCUGUCCGAGAAUACCCGGUUCCCCACCGACAGAGACACGGCAGAACAUAGCCCCCCUCUCCCCGCAGUUCCCACGUGAUGGACGGUUCAAAUCGGCAAUCCUUUUCUACUACGAUACUGUCCUGCCUGCCAACCUCCUAUUCCACUUUAUUGGACCGCCAGUCUAUGUCACGAGUAAUGUAUUGUGUUGAAGAUUUCAAGGUCUGGAUAGACAGUACCCCGCCGCUGGUUUUUGUAUCUGUUGAAUUCCUGAUGCGAAUGUUUUGUUAUGUAUGCGCUUGUUUUUUUUCUAUUGUUUUGUCUUGAUUUGUUUUUAAAGAAUACCCCCCGCCUUACUACAUAUUUUACAUGUAUCCAUGUACCCUACCUACCUACUACUACCUACCGAUCAAAAAACUACGGCCGCCAAGGCGGUUGCCUGUCUCGUUCUAGUAGGUGACCAGUGCCGCCCUGAAGUCGCGCGGCCUGG